AACUGAUGAGAAAUGCUUUUUACAUACUCCCCAAACUGAAAAGAAUGAUGGGAUGAUAAAAAAUGGAAUCUCAGAAUAUUUGUUUAUAGGAAAUCCCUACCACCAAAAUAAAUAAUCUAAAUAUUUUAUUAAUAUUAUAGUUUUAAAUUCAUGAAAUCCUCUCUAUUCAAAGUCGUCUAGUUGGACCAGGCCAAGCAUUGGCAUCAACACCACCACGCCAAAAUCAACCUGAGCGAUUUUAUAAAUCCAUUGCUCACUCACUCUCAAUCGACUCCUCCAUUUCCAAAUCUCGAUUUUCAGAUCUCGAAAUACAGAGAAAAGCAGAGUAAAUGGGCAGUUUGGGAGCGAUUUUGACGCAUCCGGAUGACAUAUACCCACUGCUGAAGCUGAAAAUGGCGGUACGCCACGCCGAGAAGCAGAUCCCGCCGGAGCCGCACUGGGCCUUCUGCUACACUCUGCUCCACAAGGUCUCUCGCAGCUUCGGUCUCGUCAUUCAACAGCUCGGCACCGAGCUCCGCAACGCCAUAUGCAUUUUCUAUUUGGUUCUUCGAGCACUCGACACUGUUGAGGAUGAUACAAGCAUUCGUACAGAUGUCAAAGUGCCUAUUCUGAUAGCUUUUCAUCGUCAUAUAUAUGACCGUGACUGGCAUUUUGCAUGUGGUACAAAGGACUACAAGGUUCUCAUGGACCAAUUCCAUCAUGUUUCAACUGCUUUUCUGGAGCUUGAAAGAGGUUAUCAGGAGGCAAUUGAAGACAUCACCAAACGAAUGGGGGCAGGAAUGGCAAAAUUUAUUUGCAAAGAGGUGGAAACCAUUGAUGACUAUGAUGAAUAUUGCCACUAUGUAGCAGGACUUGUUGGAUUAGGAUUGUCCAAGCUUUUCCAUGCCUCCAAGUUGGAAGAUUUGGCUUCUGAUGAACUCUCCAACUCAAUGGGUUUAUUUCUUCAGAAAACAAAUAUAAUCCGAGAUUAUCUGGAGGAUAUAAAUGAGAUCCCAAAGUCACGCAUGUUUUGGCCCCGUGAGAUUUGGAGUAAAUAUGUUAACAAACUUGAGGACUUGAAAGAGGAGGAAAACUCAAUCAAAGCAGUGCAAUGCUUGAAUGACAUGGUCACUAAUGCUUUAAUACAUAUGGAAGAUUGCCUGACAUACAUGUCUGCUUUGCAGAGUCCAGCAAUAUUUCGAUUUUGUGCUAUCCCACAGAUCAUGGCAAUCGGGACACUAGCUUUAUGCUACAACAAUAUUGAGGUCUUCAGAGGAGUAGUAAAAAUGAGGCGUGGUCUUACUGCCAAAGUUAUUGACAGAACAAAAGCGAUGUCUGAUGUCUAUGGUGCUUUCUUCGAUUUUUCUUGUAUGCUGAAGUCCAAGGUUGACAAGAAUGACCCGAAUGCUACAAAAGCAUUGAGCAGGCUAGAAGCAGUACAGAAAAUUUGCAGGGAAUCUGGAGCCCUUACCAAAAGGAAAUCCUAUGUAAUCAGGAGCGAACCAAGAUAUAAUUCAGCUCUGAUUGUGGCAUUCUUCAUCAUACUGUCCAUCAUUUUCGCGUAUCUAUCUGCCAACCGUCAGAAUAAUUAAGGUAUUAAUGGAUGGGUACAAAACUGCAUGGUUUCUACCGAGGAUCUUCCGUUGUUUCCUAGUGUUUAUAUAUGCUAUUCUAUGGGUGAUGCUUGACUCUUUAAAAAUCCAAUAGGUAUCUCCUGUCCUACUAGAAGUUAAGGGACUCAAAUAAAAUACGUAAUGAGCUCCUAUUUUGUUGUUCACUAUGGGAAUUGAGCUAAAAUGCUAUAUCGAUGUGUUGUAAAGCUAAAAUAAGAACAAUUAUAUUAUACUAUAUUUACAUGAAAUCACUUGUUUGGGUUGGUGA